UUUGUCACAGUUCUGCAUGUGUUACUCCCAUGUAAGACAUGCUCAGGGACACCAGCACUUUAUUACAGAAACAAUAGGGAAGCUGUGAGCAAACUGCGUAGAUGAAUGAGGGAUAAGACUUAACAUUUGUUUGUUUGGUUUUGGAUCAUGUCACUUCCAGAGGAGGACCUAACUUGCCCGGUAUGCUGCGACAUCUUCACUGACCCUGUGCUGUUGUCAUGCAGCCACAGCUUCUGCAGGACCUGCCUCAAACGCUGCUGGGACACGGGCAUGCGAGAAUGCCCCGUGUGCCGCAAGAAGGCACCCAAAACUUGCCCUCCAUCCAACCUGGCUUUAAAGAACGUCUGUGAAGCGGUAGUUGAAGCAAAGAGGAAUUCUAUAGUGGUGGAAGAUCUGACCAUUUGCUGUUUGCAUGGGGAGAAAUUGAAACUAUUUUGCACAGUGGACAAACAACCUAUUUGUGUUGUCUGCCAGUCUUCAAAAAUUCACAAAACCCAUGAUUGUUCGCCCAUAGAAGAAGCAGUACUGGAUUGUAAGGACGAACUUUCUAUCUCCCUUAAAAGUCUACAAGACAAACUGGAAGAGCUCAAACGAAUACAUAGGACAUCUGCAGACUUGUUUACACACAUUAAGAGUCAGUCCAUGGAUGCCCAAAAAGUUAUUAAAAAUCAAUUUGAGGAACUGCACCAAAUCCUAAAACAGGAAGAAAGUGCCAGAUUAGUCGCUGUCAAAAAAGAGGAACAAGAAAAAAUCGCAAGAAUGAAAGACAGAACUCGAGAGCUGUCAGCUGAAGUGCUCUGUCUCGCCGAAACAAUAGCCAUGAUACAGAAGGAACUGAAAGAAGAGGAUAUGGUUUUGCUAAAGAAUUUUAAAGAGACUCAUGACAGGAGCAAAAGUAUACCCCUGGGUUCAGACAUGACGGGCGCUCUCAUAGACGUGACCAAGCAUUUGUGUAACCUCAAAUACAGAGUGUGGGAGAAAAUGCUGGACCACAUAGAUUAUACCCCGGUGACAUUGGACCCAAAUACUGCCCACCCUUGCCUCAUCCUGUCUGACGACCUCACUUCCCUGCACUACUCGCGCCAGGCCCUCUCCUGCCCAGACAACCCUGAACGCUUCCACAUGAGCGCAGAGGUGGUGGGCAUGUCCUCGCUGGGAUCAGGAAGUCACCAUUGGACCGUGGAGACAGAAUCUAAUCAGGACUGGCUUCUGGGAGUGGCGUCUUUGUCCGUACCGAGGAAUUGUGAGGUCUUAGCACGCCCUGAGAAUGGAUUUUGGACGUUGUGUUUCAGGGAUGGAGAGUUUCUGGCUAUGACCACUCCCCCAGCCUCCUUGACGCUAUCCAAAAUUCCAAAGCAAAUCAAAGUGGAAGUAGACUACAAUAAGGGGAUGGUGUCUUUUUAUGAUGCUGCAGACGAUACAUGCAUAUAUACUUUUAUACACACUUUCAAAGAGUCAUUGCUUCCAUAUUUUUACACUCAAAGCAGUCACCCUUUGAGGAUAAUGCCACAGAAGGUACUUGUCACAAUGUUACGCCAUUGAUCAAUUUGUUUAUUAUUAUGCAACUAAUCAUGCUUAAUCUAAUGCCGUGAGGUGGUGAAAUGUACAAUUCGGCAGCUGCAGUUAUGUUUUAAGCCAAGGCAAUAAAAACAAAGUGUGGCCAUAUCAAUGAAACAUGAAUGAAGAGUGAGCAUGUAUGAGCAUGAUAAUGACCUCUUAAAAAUAAUACAUUUGUAUAUCAGCAAAUAUUUACAAUUUUUACUGUAUGUCAAAUGGAUUUAUGCUCUAUAUGAGCCUAUUGCACUGGUUUUAUGAACUGCACAAGCCAUAUGUUCAUGGAUAUAUCAGGGUUUUAAACUGUACUUUCACUUAAUUAUGAAUUAGUUAUUAUAGUAAAGUACAAAACUGUGUCUAUUUUUACAUUGACUUUAGCUCAAAGUCAACAAAUGUCUUUACUUUGGACAGAAGCCUUUUUAGACCUGAUAGAAGAGCACAAAUGAUCCAUCCACAAACAAGAUGAGAAAAUGAAAAGAAAAUGCUGUAGUGACAUGUGUGCACAUGAUGGCGCCAAAGUUCAGAAAAUAAAGACAUCCUCACCAUGAGACCAUG